UCAACAUAAGUUUUAUUUUUUACACCGGUAACUUUAGGUUUCAUUGUCUGGCGAUGUAUGAAGAAGAGGGAACGUGAAACGGUGUAUUUCCUUCCUCCAACAACCUCUAAAUGGACCAAACAACUUAACUUUUAAUCUGAUCUUAAUUAAAACUCAUUGCUUUUCAAAGAAAUGGCUUUCAGAGCCACUGGAACACUCAUUUUGGCGUCUCUCAUUUGGAUUUUCUUCCUCUGUGCAACCAUUGCAUUCUUUCAGCUCAAAUUGGUUGACAACAGAACCCAUCAAGCGUCUUCUCACGAUAAGGAUACCCUUUUGGAUGAUGAUUUGGAGGAUGUGACCCAUAAAGUCUAUUUUGACAUAGAGAUCGAUGGAAAAUUAUCGGGUCGUGUAGUCAUGGGACUUUUUGGGACCACAGUUCCGAAAACUGCAGGAAACUUCCGUGCGCUCUGUACAGGAGAGAAAGGGGUAGGAAGAAGUGGGAAGCCUCUUCAUUAUAAAGGUAGCGCAUUCCAUAGGAUAAUACCAAGCUUCAUGGUCCAAGGAGGUGAUUUCACAAGUGGCGAUGGAAGAGGUGGAGAAUCAAUCUAUGGUGAUAAGUUUCCUGACGAAAAUUUCAAGCUGAAGCAUAUCGGGCCAGGAUACUUAUCGAUGGCAAAUUCUGGGCAAGAUACCAAUGGCUCUCAGUUUUUCAUAACAACAGUAAAAACCAGCUGGCUUGAUGGACGCCAUGUUGUAUUCGGCAAGGUACUUUCUGGUAUGGAUGUUUUGUACAAGAUUGAAGCAGAAGGAAGUGAAAGUGGCUUUCCAAAACGCAAGGUUGUCAUAUUAAACAGUGGGGAAUUGACUUCAUGAUAUGGUCUAAGGUUUAACAUAAGUAGAGACUGACUCUACUAUGAUAACUAGUCAGUUUUUAUCUUCUUCCAUGAUUUACAAACUCCUUGUGUAUACUUUACCAUUUAGUAAAUGAACAAAAUUCGGAGACAAAAAGUUCAUAUUUCUGUAAUUUAAGGCUAUGUUGUCAUCAAUUAUGUCUUUGAAUGCGUGCAAGAAAGGGUGCAAAAUUUGUUAAAUACUAAGACCUCUGAUUAUUUUGCCA